AUGCCGGCGAUCUUGGCCCUAGAUCGCCACUGGCUCGACGAGUUGCUGCUGGUCUUUGUGCCCGUGCUGCACCAGGUGGCGGACACCAACUAUGGGGCAGCUGUGCUGAUCUGUUGCUUCGAGCGGCUCGCCAAGUUGGAGCGGGAUCUACCGCCUCUGCGAGGGCAGUGGGCGCUGAUCUCCGAGAUGGCGCGGCAGGCGGUGAGUCUGGCGGCCGGGCCAUACGCGCACCGCGUGGUGCAACAACUAUUGCAGCUCUGGGGCUUCCAAAAGUGCCGAGCUAUCGUCCAGGCCUUGAAACCGCAGCUCUGCGCUCUCAGCUGCGAGCAGCACGGCGCGCACGUGGUGCUGAUGAUGUUACGGGAGGCUCCCCGCGAGGUGCAGGAGGGCCUCGCUGGCGAGCUGACCUCGCCGGAGAGCCUGCAGAAGCUUAUGUCCAAG